AUGGCAGAGCGCAGGGCGAACCGGGACAUCGCCGACGAGAACGACCUGCCCGUGUACCUCGCGAGACCGGGCACCGCGGACCAGAUCCCCCGGCAGAAGUACGGCGGCUUGUUCUGCAGCGUCCGGGAUGCGUUCGACGGGAAGAGCAUCGACUUCGACGCGCUGAGUGUCGGCCAGAGCACCCCGAGGUCAGCGCGCAGGGACACCGGGCAGAGGGCGAGGAGUCCGGUCAGCGACGCCUGGAGCUCCCCGGGUUUGGAGAGGCGAGCGGAGAGGCGUGCGGAGAAGCGCGCGGGAGAGAGGAGCAUGGAGCGAGCCCUGGAGCGGAGCAUCGAGACCCGGAGCGUCGAGAGCCGGAGCGCCGCGAGCCGGAGCCGACGUGAUAAAGAGGCACUGCAGAAUUUGGGGGAGCAGAAGAGCGAGCGCCUGCUGAUCAAAGGAGGGAGGAUUGUGAACGAUGACCAGUCUUUUCACGCAGACAUCUACAUGGAGGAUGGACUCAUCAAGCAGAUUGGAGACAACCUGAUCGUCCCUGGGGGGGUGAAGACUGUGGAGGCCAAUGGGAAGAUGGUGAUUCCGGGUGGCAUAGACAUCCACACACACCUCCAGAUGCCCUACCGCGGCACCACCACCGUAGAUGACUUCGCCCAGGGGACCAAGGCUGCCCUGGCCGGAGGAACCACCAUGAUCGUGGACCAUGUGAUCCCAGAGCCCGGCUGCAGUCUGAUGGGGGCGUUUGACCAGUGGAGGCAGUGGGCAGAUGAGAAGUCGUGCUGCGAUUAUUCUCUGCACGUGGACAUCACGCACUGGAGCGACAGCGUCAGGGACGAGGUGGACGCGCUCAUCAAGGACAAAGGUGUCAACUCGUUCCAAGUGUACAUGGCCUACAAGGACUACUACCAGAUGAGCAACAGUGAGCUGUAUGAAGUGUUCACCUUUUUGGCCGAGAGAGGCGGGAUCGCUCAAGUCCACGCUGAGAAUGGAGAGAUCAUCGCAGAGGAGCAGGCCCGUAUGCUGCAGAUGGGAAUAACUGGACCAGAAGGACAUGUGCUGAGCCGACCAGAAGAGCUGGAGGCAGAGGCUGUGUUUCGGGCUGUGACCAUCGCGAGCCAAACCAACUGUCCGCUGUACGUCACCCGCGUCAUGAGCAAGAGCGCCGCCGACAUCAUCUCCCUGGCCCGCAAGAAGGGUAAUGUCGUGUUCGGGGAGCCCAUCACAGCGAGUCUGGGCACUGACGGGACUCACUACUGGAGCAAGAACUGGGCCAAAGCUGCGUCCUUCGUGACCUCUCCUCCUCUGAGUCCAGACCCCACCACCCCGGACUAUCUCCACACUCUGCUCUCCAGUGGGGACCUCAGCGUGACGGGCAGCGCUCACUGCACCUUCAGCGUGGCUCAGAAGGCCAUCGGAAAAGACGACUUCACUCAGAUCCCAGAAGGAGUCAACGGAGUGGAGGAGCGCAUGGCCCUCAUCUGGGACAAGGCUGUGACGACAGGAAAGAUGGACGAGAACAUGUUUGUGGCCGUGACCAGCACAAACGCAGCCAAGAUCCUGAACCUGUACCCGCGGAAGGGACGAAUCGCCGUGGGCUCCGACGCAGACCUGGUCAUCUGGGACACCGACGCCGUCCGCACCAUCACCGCCAAAACACACAACUCGGCUGCAGAGUACAACAUCCUGGAGGGCCUGGAGCUGCGCGGGGCCCCUCAGGUGGUGGUGUGUCAGGGGAAGAUCGUGGUGGAGGAUGGGAACCUCCACGCCUCCUCUGGGGUGGGACGCUUCAUCCCCUGCUCCCCCUACCCAGACUUCACCUACAAACGCAUCAAGGCCCGGAAACAGAUGGCCGUCCUGAAGGCAGUACCCAGGGGCAUGUACGACGGACCGGUAUCCGAGUAUUCUCUGUCUCGCGGUGGAACGCCAUCGGCCUCGGCCCGCACCUCUCCCACCAAACAGCCCCUCAGAAACCUGCACCAGUCCGGCUUCACUCUGUCAGGACCCCCCACUCCAGACGAUCUCCCCAUCAGGCCUGCUGGACGCCGUAUUACAGUGCCCCCUGGUGGCCGCUCCAACAUCACGUCUCUCAGUUAAACCCAUGGAGGAGGAAAGGAGGAGGAGGAAGAGGAGGAGUGUGGGGUGUAGUUAGUUUUGGGGGUUGUCAUGGUGAA